GAUUAUCCCUGUCCGUCGCAUGCUUUACGGUAAGCCAUGCUACUUUCCAUCUACAUCGCAGCUUCUUCCAUCAUCGCACUGAUUAUCGCAUAGCCCUAUGGGCUUCGGUGAUCAUUUAUUCAUCUAGAAUAACUUUGUAAGAAACAUCCAUGUCUGCUGGGGUUAUGGUCCGUGACCCCAUGUAGGACGGAACUCAUUAAAUUCCCGUCAUGGCUGACGAAAGCUUCGUAUCGACCUCAACGUCAGCAACGAAUAUCCCCGGUCGGUCAUCCUCUAAUAACGGCAAUGCGCCGCCGGGAUAUGGUCUACGUCGAGCUGCAACCGCCGGUCAACCAUCCACUUUGCGCCGUCGCUCCACCCUAAAUCUCGGUGUACCAUCCGGCGAGGACGAAUUUCCCGAUAUUCGAAGGCGGAGUUCUACAUACUCAGACUAUAGUCUGAGUGAUGCGAGGAGGGAUCUCGAGACGAGUGCAGAUGAACUUCUUAACCCGAGCAAGUCUUCGAAAGCGGAUAAAUCACCUUUCGUCUAUGUCCCACUCACGCUAGCCCUGCUGCCUGCCUUGGCCGGCAUCUUUUUUGAGAAUGGAAGCGCUUUCUUCACCGACUUAAUACUGCUCAGCUUAGCUGCCGUCUUUCUCCACUGGUCUGUCACGCAACCAUGGGACUGGUACCAGUCCGCGCAAGAAGUGCGUAUCAUAAAAGAUGAGAUUAUGACAGAGUCGGUGUUUGAGUCUGACAGUGAUGGUGAACUGUUGUCACCAACCACCGAGAAAACAACGCUGGAAAAUGUCCCUGAGGAAGUAGAGAAACAGAGUGAGCCCGAGGUAGCGGCUCAUAAGCCCUUUGACCGACGAGCCCAACAAUGGAAAGAGAAACAAGCGGCGGCCCUAAGCGAAUUGUAUUUACACGAAAUAGCCGCUUUGGCGUGGUGUUUUACUUUUCCUAUGCUAGGAGCUUACCUUCUUCACACCAUUCGUGGACAGUUGUCAAGACCUUCCGAAGGACUGGUAUCUGAUUAUAACCUCACCAUUUUUCUUUGUGCUGCCGAGGUUCGCCCAGUCUCGCAUUUGAUCAGAAUGCUUCAAAACCGGACCUUGCGGGUUCAACAAAUCGUAGCAAGGAACCCCUACGAAAAGCAGACCGUCACGAUGGAACAGUUCCAAGAAAUUUCAGCAAGAUUGGAUGAGUUAGAAACACGUGGAGUUACUGGCGAGACGACCUCAAACGUCGACUUGCAACCUGGGCCGCCACAACAAAAAUUGGUCGAGACGACCGUAUCGCAGGAAUUCCGCAAUAGCGUACAGCCAGAGCUUGAUGCCUUAUCUCGGGCCAUGCGACGGUAUGAGAAGAAACUCACUCUACUUGCGUGCCAAACCGACAACCGAAUCGAAUAUGUGGAUCAAAGGCUUAACGAUGCCCUUACACUUGCUGCUGUUGCAGCUAAGAAUAGCAAUGCUCAAUGGGGGGUUUGGUCUUGGCUUAUUGAGAAAAUAAUCGCAGUAGUCAUGUUCCCGAUUCAGGCGCUCGUGGCUGUGUUUAUUUUUCCUUUCCGGACGGCCAUGGCUUUACUUAGCCGUAAGAGUAGGUCUACGCCUGAGAGGACACACAGAUCUACCCGAUCUGGAAAGACAUUUGCUCAGGGCAAAAACGGCCCUGAUCGUGUUCCUACGCGCAUGUCUAGGAGAUAAGGGUGUAUGUCUAUGUGAUGUGUAUACGCGCGCGCGUGUCUGUAUGAGAUUAUGGAUAUAAGAUGAGGAGUUUAGGUAGGUAUUUUGGUGAUGACGGGCUGGUCGGCUUUUCGAUACUUGUUGGUUUGAAGGGAAUCAUGGGAGGUACGGCACGCGGCGAUUACAGGAGGCAAGUUAUCGAGAUGGGAGUUUCGGUCACCGCUCAACAUACUUCAACAGCAUGAGUUUGUUUAGCUCACAACUCACUUAGGAAACUUUUUUUUUCUUUCUUUGGAAAGGCAAUUAUGGACCAUGAUUAACAUAUUUGUACUCUAAUUCAGAACUACUUGAUAUCCUGAGGCCAUUAUUAUAGGAAUGGCAAAAGUUUGGACUCACACACGUUGUUCUUACAGAGCCACUUCUCAAAAGCAUGUUUUCAGCAA